CCUAGGCGCCAUCGUGGUGAAAAGCUGAAAAAUCGAGUUUGCGGACGCGUCGUUGCACGAGUGAAAAUACUGAAUUUUCAAAACUAAAAGCAACCGGAUUCCACUUCGAAGAUGGCAGAUUCUGACGAUGAGUACGAUCGUAAGCGACGUGACAAGUUUCGUGGCGAGCGAAGUGCCGGAGACAGCUAUGCUCGUGGUGGGGACCGAUCGGAUCGGUCUCGCGGACGAGAUGAUUGGGUUGAUCGUGGCAGACCAAGGCAGGAUUAUCGGGACUAUCGACCACCUCCACGGGAUCGUGGAUAUUCGCCUGAGAGAGAGGGUCCCCCGAUGAAGCGUAUUCGUGGUGAUGGAUGGGGCGAUGGCGGAAGACGGUUUGGUGGGCAUGAUGGUUACGGCAUGUAUGGUUAUGGACAUGAUCAUUUUGGUAUGCAUCCAGGUUCCGGACUGUACGGACAUCAGGGCCCUAUGCAUCAAAGGGAACCACAAUCCGCCGGGGAUAUGCAAACCCAACCGUGCAUGAUGACGCUGAAGCAGUUUCUGGCCACCCAGGAUGAUGCUAUUACUGAUUCUGAAGCAAUCCAGAAAUACAAUGACUACAAGGUGGAGUUCAAACGGCAGCAGUUGAACGAAUUCUUUGUGGCCCACAAAGACGAGGAAUGGUUUAAGAUUAAAUACCAUCCAGAGGAAUCAUUGAAGCGUAAAGAGGAACAGCUAGGUUUUCUAAAGAGACGUUCCGAGGUGUUUGUCGAGCUGCUAGAGUCCAAGGACGUCGCCAAAGUGUCGGUGGACACUUCCAAUUCUGAUGCACUGCUUCGACUGCUGGAUACGGUGGUCAUCAAGCUGGAAGGCGGUACCGAUGAAGAUCUUAAAGCUUUGGACGAGAAACCGGUUGAAGUCGUUAAAAUCAUCCCCGAGAAACCGAAAUUUGAAAUCAAACGAGAACCGCUAGAUGACAUAAUCAAGAAAGAGAAGUUUUACAUCAAGGAGGAAAGGUUCGACAAUACCGAAAUGAAGAUGGAGAAAUUGGUGGAUCCAGCCAAGGAUGUAAUCGGCGGUGGUGAAUGGGAUGACGAGGAACCAGUCGUGAAGCCGGUUCAGCGUAGCAAAACACCCGAGAAGGAACCGGAAGCUCCGGAAAAAGAUCCGGAACCGGAACCCGAACCUGAAGAAGAAUCUUCUUCGCGAAAGAAAGAUCGCAGAAAGAGAAGUCGCUCGGAUUCUGCAUCUAGUUCGUCCUCAUCUUCGUCUUCCAGCUCAAGUGACUCCGAAGAGGAGAAAGAGAAAGAAAAGAAUGAUGAUGAGGAUGACGAGGAGAAAAAAGAAGAGGAACGAGAAGAGACUGCCAAUACGCCACCCUUACCAGUAGUAGAGCCAGAGGAACAACCGGCGAGUAAUGGUCACAAAAGCGGCGAUGAGGAAGAAACUACUGCCAAUGAAGCUGCGACCGAGCCCGAAAAAAUAAACGAAAACAAAGAAGCCUCAGUUGAACCCGAUGCUGCUGUUCCUCCCACUACUGAAAACAAAGACAGUGAAGAAUCGGAAAAGGAUGCAGAGCCAAGAGCAGAAGAAGAACGUGUAGCCACCGAAGAAACUAACCAGGAAAAAGAACCGUCCCAACCAGCCGAGACGGUCGAUUUGGCCAAGGAUACCAACGCGGGUCCCGCUCCAAGAGCUCUUCACAGAACCAGUUCCAUUUUUCUGCGGAAUCUAGCUCCAUCUAUCACAAAGGUAGAAGUUGAAGCAAUGUGCAAGCGUUAUAAUGGAUUCUUGCGUGUGGCAAUCGCUGACCCUUUACUGGAAAGGAGAUGGUUCCGUCGUGGCUGGGUCACUUUCCGGCGGGAUGUGAAUAUUAAGGAGAUCUGUUGGAAUCUCAACAACAUCCGGUUAAGGGAUUGCGAAUUGGGUGCUAUUGUCAAUAAAGAUUUGAGCAGAAGAGUCCGUCCGAUCAAUGGGCUUACAUGCCACAAAACGAUUGUUCGCAGUGACAUCAAAUUGUGCGCAAAAAUAACUCACAAUCUGGACGACAAGGCCGGCCUGUGGAAAGAUGCGGACUCGAACAAUGGCGACAAUAAUGGUGAAUUUUUUGGACUUCAGUCGAGAAACCCUGUUUUGCAAAACAUCACCGACUAUUUGAUUGAAGAAGCUUCCGCCGAAGAAGACGAACUGCUCGGUCUUUCUACCGAAACAAAGAAAGCCACCGACGGUGAAUUAGUCGAGCGCGAUCCACAGCUUAUCGAAGUACUGGACAAACUAAUCCUGUACCUUCGAGUGGUUCAUUCGGUUGACUUUUACAAUCACUGCGAGUAUCCGUACGAAGACGAAAUGCCCAAUCGUUGCGGUAUUAUUCACGCUCGCGGUCCGGCACCGCAGAACAAGGUAGUUUCGAGUGAAAUUCAGGAGUAUAUUCGUACAUUCGAAGGUAAAAUGGGGUCAUUCCUGGCUAGAAUAUCCGAGCUGGAUCAGGAGGAAAUGAAAAAGCUGGGUUCCAAAGACUCGGAAGCUGAGGUGGAAAAGUUCAUCCAGGCCAACACGCAGGAACUGGCCAAGGACAAGUGGCUCUGUCCGUUAUCGGGUAAAAAAUUCAAGGGACCGGAUUUUGUGAGGAAGCACAUUUUCAACAAACACGGUGAAAAGGUCGACGAAGUACGCAAAGAAGUGGAGUACUUCAAUAACUACCUAAAGGAUCCUAAGCGACCCCAGCUACCCGAACAUCCGGGUAAUACACGAAAAGUGCCUGUUGAAGCGCCACCACCGACAUCGGGAUAUCGUCCGUCGUACGGAAUGUCUCACGGGUACGCACCGAUGUAUGCUCCUUAUGCAGCACCAAUGAUGGCACCAUCUGUUGGUCGCGGAAGGUCUGGUUUUGGACGUGGAGGAAGAGACUCGAUGCGAGAAAUUCGACGGCCAAUAGUGGCGUACAGCGAUUUGGACAUGCCUAAUUUCGAUGAUAGCUUUCUCUGAAGUAGUGAACUACUACUACCAUUACCGGUGUUUUUAACUGGCAGAACUUUUCGUUACACUUCAUAUAACACCUCCCCCAUAACUAACAAGCGCCGAAUUGCAAUACACUAGAGAAAAGCUAUCAGAGUUAGAUCAAAUAUAAAAAUCCGGUCAAUCCAUAUCCACCAACCACUUUGGCCGUUUGCAUCAUUACACCAUUCCAUUGAAAUCGUUCCAGAAUGGCGCCCGACUACCGCCCAGUUAUCCAUUACCGCGAUCUGGACGCUCCCCGUGAACCGGAUGAAUUUAUCUAAGCUGACAAACGCAAAGCACGUUCUAGAUGUAUUGAGUUUAACUAGCAGCAAAUUGUAUAAUUAGGUUACGCAUCCGGUCUUGCCAGGGUGCCGCUUAGUGUUACAUGCCACAUUGUUUUAAUUCUAAAGUGGCACUUAUUUUUAUUUCAUACUUACGUGAACAUGUAAACGAUCAUCAAUUGAAAUUUGUAAUGACAAAAUCAGCAUGCCGGCCGGCAAUGGCUGAUCUAUAGUAAUAUAACCGACGCUAUUAAUCUGAGUACUACCGAA